GUUGCCCCCUCCUAAAAAUUAUACCCCCACCAUUCGUUUGCCGGCAACACGGCGGAUGAUGCUGCCACUGGCGGCUGGCCUGCCUGAGACCGAUGCCGGUGUUUUUAUAUGCUAUGUUGUUAGUGUACUUUUUACUAGCAUACCGAGCACAGCUUUUUUACACACCGACGUCUUUUUUACAUCGCCGCCGCCGCGCGUCUGUGCCGCAUCUUUUGUUUUUUCGCCGCCGCUUAGUGCCAGUGCAUAAUCUGCAUGUGCUGUUUCUGAAACGACUUCAAGCUGGAGUCCAGAUUGGAGUACCGUCCAGGAGGGUUGGACUUCCACAAUCCUCCAAUGCUCCUGGAGAAUCAAACGAAUUACAGCAGCCACUUGCAGAGGUCCAUCGACACGUUACGUUCCUUAGGCGACCGGUUAGGUGACCGCAAUGUGGACCUUAGGCUCAACUUGCAUCAAGAACGGCCACCUUAUGACCGAACCGGUCAAAUUAGCAACGGCUUGGAGCUCAACCUCAGCCUUAACUCUGACAGGCUUAUCCAGGAACGGAUGCAACAAGAACGAAGCCUGGAACGCCUCCUCAACGAGCGUUCGAUGCAAGAACAGCGUAUGAACCUGGACCACAGCCUGAGCUUAGAACGUCUCAACCUAGAACGGAGCCUAACCCAAAACCUAGAUAGAAACUUAAACCAAGAGGGACCAAGACCGUACAACAGCUUGAACGACAGGGCGCUUAUGGACCGAAACCUGAACUCGAUAGAUCGAAAUUUGAACAAUAUCGGCGGGUACGGUACGGAACGUUUGACGGACAGGUUAAGUGAUGUGAAAAGGGACGAUAUAAAGUACUGGGACUACAAGACGACGACGCACCAUCACGCGGAGAAUCUGAGGUCGGAAAGUUCAAGGUCGCAAGAGGAGGAUAGGGGAGCGACGCCGUCGACGCCCCCCACCCCCAUCUCGGUAGGGGAGAACAGGGGGGAAAAUUUCCACGAAGAAAAGGUGUUCGGAUCAAAGGCUGAGCUGCAGCUGCACACGCAGGCGCACAUGCGAGAAGCGAAACCGUACAAAUGCUCGCAGUGUUGCAAGGCGUUCGCGAACAGUUCCUACUUGUCACAGCACACCAGGAUACACCUUGGCAUCAAACCGUACCGAUGCGAGAUCUGCCAGAGGAAAUUCACGCAGCUAAGUCAUCUACAGCAGCAUAUUAGGACGCAUACGGGGGAUAAACCUUACAAAUGUCGACAUCCCGGCUGUCAAAAAGCGUUCUCCCAGCUGAGCAACCUGCAGUCGCAUUCGCGAUGUCACCAGACAGACAAACCGUACAAGUGCAACUCUUGCUACAAGUGCUUUAGCGACGAACCCUCGUUGCUCGAGCACAUCCCGAAGCACAAGGAAAGCAAACACCUCAAGACUCACAUCUGUCAAUAUUGCGGAAAGAGCUACACGCAGGAGACGUACUUGAGCAAACAUAUGCAGAAACAUGCUGAGCGGACUGAUAAGAGGCCGCCUAUUGGACCAGGUUUAGGUCUGAACCAUCGAGGCCUAGAGCACCACUAUUGGCCCAAGGUGAGUCCGGACAGCGCGGAGAACAUGCACGAGUACCCUAACGACCUCCCUCGGCAGAUCCUGGAACAAAACGAGGACCUCGUGAUCAUCCGGCAACAACUCGGUCAGAACCCGCCCGCUCCGCCAGGGACGCCUAACGCCAAUCUAGGCAACUCCUACGACACCUCAAUCUCGAAAUCGAACGCUAAUUCUGCAUUCACUCCGAUCAACAGUAUGUCUGGACAUCUUAACCUAAACCAUCACCAGCUGGCGCCCAAUAGGCCGUAUAUAUACGACGCGUUGAGUUUCCAAAAACAGAACAGUCUCGACAUACCGAAGUCGCAGCCUUCGAACGGGUUCCCGAAUCAGCUGAUCAGCUUGCAUCAAAUUAGGAAUUACGCGCACCAACCUAAUUCGUCCUUAAUGGAACAUUCCAUUUUGGGAUUGGGCAAGGAUAAAUAAGUUUGUUAUGGGAGAUACAGGGUGAGCCAGGUGAUUAGUAACAACCGUUUUGAAAAUUACGAGAAACCAUCGUGCAGAAUCAGAAGUGGGAUAGAACUGACUAGGUAUUGAUCAAUGUGAAUAUAGCCAACCUGAUACUAUAUUCCGGCGUUCAACGAAUCAUCCGAGAUGAAAUGAGAUAGCGAAGCUAUAUUUCUCCUCUCCACACUUAUUAGAAAUCUACCUUGAAAAUGCUAGUAUCUCGUAGAUGGCGUUGUAGCCAAAUAUAUUAUAUGCU